CUCUGCUGAAACCUGCAGCACUCAUUAAACAGCUGCCGAGAUGAGUUCUGCCGAGCCUCCACAACAUCCUGACAAGGUGACCAUCGCUCUGUUUGGAAAGAAAGCUGCUUUUGUGAGAAGGAUCGAUAACAUAAUCCUCAAAGGCACCAACGCCGCAGUCACGAAGCUGAGCAACUUUGUCGAGAGAGAGAACGCCUCAUACAGGAUCAUCAGCACUGCUGAGUUCUUCGAAGAACGCCGUCAUCCAGAGGAGCUGAUUAUUGAUUUCAUGGCCCUCUCUGAUCCGGGCCCUCAUCUGUUCAUCCUGGCAGUAGAUUCAGACCACAGCCAAGAAGAAAAUGUUCAGGCUCAGAUAACUAAAGUUAAAGAUGUCUUUGGAGGCAGUGUCAUAAACUGUGUAGCUGUUAUCUUAGAAAACCAAGAGAGCCUCAAUUUACUGGAACAUGUGAGGAAAACGUUAAAUAUCCGGAUGAAAACUUUGGAUGAAAAUCUUGCUGCUGAAUGUAAGAAAUGGUGUUCACAUCAAACACCAUUCCAGUUUGACUACAACAAAUACACCCAGGAUGCUGUGGAGCGCAGGAAGAAGGAUCUGAAACACACUCGAAACACAAACGUUCCUCCAGACAAUCCUGGGAGCAAAGGAGCCAGGAACCAAAGUCCAUCCAGCUCAGAGCAGACUGCCCCACCUGCAGAAGGAGCACCUGGACAAGACAACGGAGCCAGUAAUCAAAGUCCAUUCAGCCCAGAGCAGACUGCCCCGCCUCCAAAAAAAACACCUGUUCAAGACAAAGGUGGGAGGGGUGCCGGUGCAAAGGAAGAUGGUGUGUUCAGCAUCAUUCUGCUGGGACAAACUGGGACCGGAAAGAGCGCAUCUGCAAACACCAUCCUGGCUGCUGGGAAGCACCGCCAGCCCAAAGGUCAGGUCUUCGAAUCCAAGCUGAGCUCCAUGCCAGUCACCACCAAGUGUAAGGAGAAAAUCACAGCGAUAACUGGAACCAAGGUCCGAGUGGUCGAUACCCCAGACUUCUUUUAUGAAGAUGCACCUGCAGACGAGGCUCAGGUAGAGGAGUGUAAGAAGUACUGUCAGGAAGGGCGGUGUGUGGUGUUGCUUGUGAUACAGCUGGGGAGGUUCACACAAGGUGAGAAAGGAAUAUUAGAGAAGCUGGAAGACAAGCUUGGCUGGGAAAUCCGGAAAAACACAAUCGUCCUGUUCACACACGGAGAAGAUUUGACAGGAACGGUGGAAGCGUUUAUCGGGGUGGCUAAGCCUCAGCAUCACCCCCAAUCAUCAGAGGAGUUGGUUGUGAGCCCAUGCAGCCCCAGAGUGUCCUGUGCAAACCUGAGCCCAGACCCUGAGGGUCCCACACCACCUGAGCCUAAACCCGUGGGUCCCUCGCUGCCUGUACAUCAGUCUUUGUCAGAAUUUGGGGGUUCGGCACUGCCUGAGUCCGAGGGUCUUUGCAUCCACUAA